AUCUCCAUUUACGUCAAGUAUUUUGUCUAAUCACCAAUAAAGCACAACACUGGCUGGCAGCCUGGCACGACAGCAGAGAGAGUAAAGCAACAUCAUGCGUAUAAAAUGCAAAUGAGAAUUUAAUUAGAUGUUAAUAACCGCAACACGCCACUUUUUUUCCUGUUAUGUUUUUUCACUCCGGAAAGUUUUUUGUAAAAUAGCCCGACAUUUCCGCACGAUUCGAAUUGAAAACGGGGAAGGAAAGGGGGAAAUGGUUCGGUUUUAGUGUUUUAUUUUUAACCAAAAGGCGCUGUUAGUGCUACGCAGUGUGUUAUCAGUGCGGAUCGGAAACGUCAACAUCGCCCUUGAAGUCGCCUGCAUCGUCCCAUGGUAAACAGAUGCGCUUCCCCUCCGUCAGCACCGUCUUCGCAUGCCCCGAUCGAUACUCCAUGGCGUGAUUGUUUUAUCCCGGGACUACCCAGCGGAUUGAGGGUGUCCUAAUCCGCAGUUGACAGUUGUUGGCAGUGUGAUGGUGUCUGUCGAGGUCGACGACAUGUUGUUGCUUCUUCCUGUGUUUUUAUGAUGAGUUCUCCUGUUCCGUUUGGUGGUUACGCCAGAUGACGGUGUGAGCGUCUUGUGGACGCUGUGGUCCGUGUGAGUCGACGUGGGAGUGGGGAGAAUUCGCGGGAUAACGCGCCAGAGGAGCCAUGUCGCAGAUCAGCGUGCACAGUGAUUCAUCGCUGGCCACGAUUCACUCAUCGCAUCCCAAUGUCGUUAGCGAGGUGGUGAAACAUUUGGCCGCGGUGCUCAAGCUCCUGAGGCCGCAGGAUCAACUAAAAAUGGUGGUCCGUCUGGAGUCACUGUUAACCUGGGAUGACCACAUCCGCUACCUGGCCGUCAUCUCCACCAAGGAUCCCCGGCUAUCCGUCUCAUUAACAGACCUGACCCAACUGGAGUCUUUCCCGGAGGAGUUCUGCAUCCUGGGCAUCGACGUGCCCAUCACCCCCACCAAUCCCCUCCUGCACACCCCUUCCCCCGCCCUCCAGCCCGCCGCGGUCUCCACCUCCGCUCCCGGUUCCCCACAGAAGGCCCAGCGCUCGCACUCCACCGUGUCGCCGGACCAGCACCAGGGGAUUGGGUCGCGCAUCGCGUCCCGCACCCGCAAGUUCCUUACCCUGCCAAAACAGAAGAGCCAGACCAAACAGCACACCCAGCAGCCCAGUCCGACAUCCCCGCGGAUGGCCAAACGGCCCAGCAUCUCCUCCAGUGUGGUGAUUAAGCUGGAUGAUUUGAAAACGGACGGGGAAAAAGAGGACGUGAAGAUCUGCGUGGGUUUGGCAUUGCCUAUCACGGCGGAUAUGAAGAUCACGCUGGAUGGAGACGGGGGCUUCCGGAUUGAUAACCGGUUGUACCACCACAUCUUCAAGCCGGUGAGCGUCCAGGCCAUGUGGUCGGUCCUGCAGACCCUGCUGAAAGCCAGCGAAAAUGCCAAACGCUUCGUGCAGUCCGCACACCGUCUACUACAUACGUGUUCCUCCACUAUCUCCCUCUCCACGACCACCACCACCACCCCGGGCUCCUCCACGACGACACUGACGCAGCAGGAGACCAGUUCCAUGGUCAGUCUGGAGCAGAUGACCGCCGCGGCCACCCACAGCUGGGUGGAUCAUUAUGCGCGAAAAAUUGAUUCGCAGUCCCUGUGGGUGAAAGAAUGGCAUCUGAUCUUCGAUGAUAUUGUCAGUCUGACCACGGAGGGACAUGGUGGGGGUGGGGAGAAGACGCGGAGGCCCUUGAGCCCCCAUAUGUCGCGACACCGGCAGCAGGUAUACACACCAACUGAGAUGAAAAUCCGCCAGCACCUCCGUGAUGUAAUGUUGACACUGGAUCUGGAGCAAGUCAACAGUAAAGAAAUCCGACAGCGCGUCGAAUCCACCUUGAAAAUGGACCUUUCGGCGUACAAAUCCUUCAUUGACCAUGAAAUUCUUGUGAUUCUGGGCCAGAUGGAUUCUGCGUCGGAGAUCUUUGACCACCUGUACCUUGGUACGGAAUGGAAUGCGGGAAAUCUGGAGGAACUCCGGAAGAAAGGCAUCGAGCUGGUCCUCAACGUCACGACGGAAAUCAACAACUUCUUCCCGAACCUCUUUCAUUACCAGAACAUCCGGGUGAACGAUACGGAGGAGGAGGAUAUGCUGCAGCACUGGGAGCGGGCGUUCCGGUACAUUGCGGAUGCGAAGAAGGAGGGGAAGAAGGUGCUGGUGCACUGUAAGAUGGGUGUUAGUCGGUCGGCAUCCGUAGUGAUUGCUUAUGCUAUGAAAGCCAACGAUUGGGAUCUGGAGAAGGCCAUGCAGUUUGUCAAGGAGAGGCGGAGCUGCGUGCAACCUAAUCCGGGAUUUAUGAAACAGUUGGAGGUAUAUCAAGGCAUACUGGAAGCGAGCAAGCAUCGCAGUAGUUGGCAGUCGGUAUCCACAACCGGAUCCACACUGUCGCUCAACGACACCCGCUCCCCCAACAAAUUCUCCGCGUCCGAACUGGAUGACCUGGACCUGUCCAACCUGCGACGGACCUCCUCGGAAUUCUUCUCGGCCCCCAACCUUGCCCCCGCGGUCCCGCAGCGCUCCGAAUCCCUCAAGUUGCCCUCCCGUCCUGCCACGUUCUAUCUUGCCGGUGAUACGGAUUCCUCGAGCUCCAAGGCCGCCAAAGCCAAACGGGAAAAGCGGGAGAGCAAGUGGGAGGCCAUUGAGGAGAACGUCUCCAAGGAGGAACCCGAGGACGCCUUCGGGAUGUUCCGCAUCGUCCUGGAACCCUCCCGGGGUGCGGAUUCCUCGCAGCGGUCCAGUGACAAGCCGGCCGAUCGCAGUGGGAGUUUCUCCUACACGAAGCAACGAUCCGAGAACCUGGAGAUUACCCGCCGAGUCACGUCGGUGCAGAAACUACGGAAGACGACGUCCGACAUACCCGGAGCGGGCCUGUUUGAUCCCGGUUGUACGAAGCAUCGUGGUGAUAUAUUGACCGAGCGGAAUUUUGUGGGGGACGGCGGAAAGAAGCCGGAUGGCUCGAAAGCGGCGUCCAGUGGGACGCGCGCCAUUACGGAGCAUCUGCGACAGGCCGCCAGCAGUUUCGCCUCCACCACCAUCCCCAAAGCGAAAUCCCGGCAGAUUUUCGGCAGUCUGCAGAUGGAGGGGAGUGGCAGUGGCGUGCCGCCUGUGAAGGAGAAUAAGUAUUACAGUGCACACCGGCGACCCGCCUCCAUCCACGUAUCGUCCUAUUUAAAGCCCAAAGAUCCUGUACAGACCUUGGUGAAAUAUUUUGACGAGCUGAAUGUCGGCUCGCCGCCGCAUGCGGCUAAUCCCGCGCCCCAAGCUGCCCAGGUGUAAUAUGAACAACCCGAACUUUGAUGGGGUAAACGACACACGUGUUUAUAUCGAUUCUGCGUUCGUUUUUUUUCUAGUGAAAUGGUUUUUCUGAUUCUUGGUUUACAUUUUAAAAUGAAUUUUAUAAUCGCAUUUAUUCUGGUUUUACUGACGUUGUCAAUAAAGAGUGAACAUACGAGUCUUUUGGCUUUCUG